AUGGGGAAACUGUUUGAAGAUCACUCAACGAAACUGCAGCUGAAACGUACAUUUGAAGCCAGAAGGUGGCAAACAAAUGAGACUUUUGAAGAAUAUUUUUACGAUAAGACCAUUCUCGCGGGUAAGUUGUGCAUUGACGAAACUGAGCUGCUGGAGUACAUUGUGGAGGGGAUUCCUGACUAUGGUCUAUGCUCACAAGCUAAAUUACAAUGUUUCCGUGACAAGUACCAACUGUUGGAAGCGUUCCACAAAAUAAGCCUUCCAAAACCAGCAACGUUGAAACAAUCAUUGACUGUUCGCCAGAGCACUUCGAAUGAAACACCAACCUCAGCCGAUUUUGUGGUUUCUGCAUCGACUCGUUUCUAUAAUUGCAACUCUCUUGGGUAUGUUGCAGCUGAAUGUCGUAAACCAAAGCGGGAGCCGAGGGCGUGUUACGUUUGUGCGCAAAUGGGACAUCGAGCAGCUGACUGCUCAAUGAGGAAAACGCAAGUUCAUUAUGCCGACGCUGUUGAGGGUGAUAACGAAUACAAUCAUUAAUUGACACUGGUAGUCCAAUCAGUUUUAUACG